CCGCGGGACCGGAAGGAGGCUGUGAACGGAAGUGGGUUGCAUCGUGCUAGGGCGGCCCUAGUCCCCGCCUCAGGCGGAAGGGAGAGUGGGCCAAACAGAUCUGCCCCUUUUCCAGAAGAGCCCAAAAUGAACAAGUCCCUGGGGUCUGUGUCAUUCCAGGAUGUCACCGUAGCCUUCAGCAGGGAGGAAUGGCAGCACCUGGACCUUGCCCAGAGAAGCCUGUAUAGGGACGUAAUGCUGGACAACUAUUUCAACCUGCUGUCAGUGGGGUGUCUAGUUCCCAAACCAGAAGUCAUCUUCAACUUGGAGCAGGGAGGAGAGCCAUGUGUGCUGGAUGGUGACAUCUCAAGUCUGAGCUGUCUAGGUGAUGAUACUGGUUUUGAGACUUCACAACAGCUAAUGUCUGAAGAAGCUUCCUUGCAGUUUGAAAAAAUUAGUCUCUUCACAAGAGAUGACCCAUACUCUGCUUUAGAAGAAUUAUGGAAGGAUAAUAGACAACAAGGGAGAUCUGAGAAAAGCCGGAAUGAACCUGUAGGUCACAUUGCCUUCCCCAACAAGGCAACAGCAGCUUGUGAGAGUGGCUGGGAAUAUGAGGACACUGGGAGGAUGGUUCAUGUGAACACACACCUUGUGCCUUCAGGAAAAAGAUUCCAUCACUACAACUCAUUUAGAAAGAGCUUACCUAGUCACAGCAGAAACCACAAAGGUCUUGACAGGAUUAUGGAAUAUAGUGAUACUUUUAUGCAUCUGAAUCCUCAUGCCAAAGUGAAUGCUUGUGCAGGUAUUCAAUGUAGGGAUCUUCUAAGUCAUCGGCAGGCUCUUUCUCAGCAUCAGAAAAUCCACACUGGGGGCAGCCUCUGUUUGUUUUCUGACUAUGUAAAAGUUCUCACCCAAAAGUCACCCCUCUUCACUCAUCAGAGUAUUGAUGCUGAAGAAAAGCAGCAUGAGUGCAGCAAAAGCAAGAUGGCCUCCACCCACAAGCCCCACGUCAGGGCCUCAGAGGACUUCUGUGGGAGGAAGCCCUGUGUGUGCACUGAAUGUGGGAAGGAAUGUUCCCUGAAGUCAAACCAUCAGGAAACUAAUGAGAACUCCUAUAAGUGCACUAAGUAUGGAAGAGCCUUUAUUGAGAAAUCUGAUCUGCUCAGGUGCCAGAGAAAUCAUACUGAAAAGAAACUCUGUGAAUACAGUAAAUGUGGGAAAAGCUUUUCUCAGAAUUCAAACCUCAGUAUACAUAAAAAAAUUCAUUCUUCAAGGAAACACUUUCAAUGUACUGAAUGUGGAAAGGCCUUCACAAGAAAAUCAACACUAAGUAUGCAUCAGAAAAUCCAUACAGGAGAAAAACCCUAUGUGUGCACUGAGUGUGGGAAGGCCUUUAUCCGGAAGUCACAUUUUAUCAUACAUGAAAGAAUUCAUACUGGAGAAAAGCCCUAUAAGUGUGGUGACUGUGGGAAAUCCUUUAUUAAAAAGUCACAACUCCAUGUGCACCAGCGAAUUCACACAGGAGAGAACCCCUUUAUAUGUUCAGAAUGUGGGAAGGUCUUUACUCACAAAACAAAUCUCAUUAUACACCAAAAAAUUCAUACUGGGGAGAGACCCUAUGUAUGUACUGAAUGUGGGAAGGCCUUUUCUGACAGGUCAAAUCUCAUUAAACACCAAAAAAUCCACACUGGAGAAAAACCUUAUAAAUGUAGUGACUGUGGAAAAGCCUUCACCUGGAAGUCACGGCUCAGGAUCCAUGAGAAAUGCCAUACUGGCGAGAGACAUUACGAAUGCAGUGAGUGUGGGAAAGCAUUCAUUCAGAAGUCAACACUAAGUAUGCACCAGAGAAUCCACAGAGGAGAAAAACCCUAUGCUUGCCCAGAAUGUGGGAAGGCCUUCUUCCACAAAUCACAUUUUAUUACCCAUGAGAGAAUUCAUACUGGAGAGAAACCCUAUGAAUGUAGCAAUUGUGGGAAAUCCUUCACUAAGAAAUCACAGCUCCAUGUACAUCAACAAAUUCACACAGGAGAGAAGCCAUAUAGAUGUGCUGAAUGUGGAAAGGCCUUCACGGAUAGAUCAAAUCUCUUUACACACCAGAAAAUUCACACUGGAGAGAAACCCUAUAAAUGUAGUGACUGUGGAAAAGCCUUCACUCGGAAGUCAGGCCUCCACAUCCAUCAACAAUCCCAUACCGGAGAAAGACAUGAGUGCAGUGAGUGCGGGAAAGCCUUUGCAAGAAAGUCAACAUUGAUUAUGCACCAGAGAAUUCACACGGGAGAGAAGCCCUAUAUUUGUACCGAAUGUGGGAAGUCCUUCAUCCAGAAGUCACACUUAAAUAGACAUAGGAGAAUUCAUACUGGAGAGAAACCCUAUAAAUGCAGUGACUGUGGGAAGUCUUUCAUUAAGAAGUCACAACUCCACGAGCACCAUCGAAUUCACACAGGAGAGAAACCAUAUAUCUGUGCUGAAUGUGGAAAGGCCUUUACCAUCAGAUCAAAUCUUAUCAAACACCAGAAAAUUCAUUCUAAACAGAAACCGUAUAAAUGCAGUGAUGUUGGGAAAGCCUUAAACUGGAAGCCACAGCUCACAAGUCAACCAGGUAUACCCCAGAAGUCUGAUACUGGUCAAGUAGAGUGCCCAGUGCCACAAUCAUGGUGUGGGGAUACAAAGAAAUGACUAAGAAGCAGGAGGAAACCAGGACCCACCAUGUUCUAUCUGGUCAGAAUUAUGAGACUCUGAAUUGCAUAGCUCAUGUCUGUUACUCACACUUUGGAAAAAGCGUUUCUGUGCCAUGGUCAUGCUUGGUUACCUCACAGAUUAUCAGGCCCUGACAACCAAGAGUAAAGAUGUGAAAGCCAGGUGUGGUGGUAUAUACCUGUAUACCUGUAGUCACUACUACUUGGGAAGCUGAGGCAGGAGGAUGGCUUGAACCCCAGAGUUUAAGACCAGCCUGGACAAUAUAGUAAGAUCCCAUCUCAAACAAACAAACAAAAAGCAAAGUGCUGACUUGCAGUUGUUACACAGCUUUUUUGAUAAACAGCUGUUCAAAUUUAGGGCUGUUGAGUUUUUCAUGCCUCGAGUAGCAAAACUGUUCAAUAUGUACCCAAAAAAUUUCAUAAACAAGAAGAGUGGUAAGAAAAUUUUCAUUGUCUAAUCCCCCAUAAAGACUGAAAUCAAGGUGGAAGUUACAGUCAGUUCAGAUCAACAGUGAAAAUAAGCCAGAUGUUUUUGUGAAAACUGACACAAAGAAAGGACUCACCUUUUUUCCCUGUGGGAAAUCCCUGUUAUUUAUUAUUUGUAGUAUUUGUUGGUGUGUGCUGUGGCAGUAGUUUCCCAGAGGUCUAAACAUGCUGUCAGCCUAUGAUCAAUGGUGUGACUACUUGCCGCUGCAGAGCUGGCCUAGGGUUGGGCUUGGCCACAGGAACCCAGAUCUCCAUGGUAGCACUUGGAUCCUCAACUUUGUUCAUGGAAAACUGCACUUUCAUAUUGAUUCCCAUUUGAAAAAUAGGCAGAUUAAGAAAAAUGGAUUUCAAAGUGUAGAAUUCUUUGCCUCCAAUUUUGUUAGUUCAUUCUCUACAUAAUCAUUAUAUGUUUGCUUACCACAAGGCACAACUGUCUGGCAUUUUAGAUUGUCUUCUUAGAAGACAAAAUAUAGUUGAACAUUUGAAAAAGUACUCCCACCCUUCCCAUUCUCUACACAUUGCAUUUAAUCAGAUACUAAAAUAAGUGUGUCCUAAUCUUGCAGAAUAAUUGUGAAUUUGUCUCCUUAUAAGCCACUAACAUUUGCUGUUUAUUUUGAGUUUUUUUUUACUUACAUCAAAUCUAGAGUUAUGGUUUUCCUGGUUAAUUGAAACUGUCAUUAUGAAAGGUUUCUUUUUUGGCUUAAAAUACACUUUCAAGUGUUAAUACAAUAGCCAUACUUUCCUUUUUAAAGGCUAAUGUAAAUCAGUACUAAUGCUACUUCUGAACAAGGGAAGAAGGUAGGAAAUUGACUUCAUGUUCCCUUCUUGACGUACAUGGUAUUGAUGUCACACAUUUGAAAUCUGUAGCUAGUUGAUAUUGCCAAUUAUUGUUUCAGAGUCAAUACUCAAGUUAAAUUAGCACACAUACUUAUCCUUUUCAUACUUUUUUACUCUUGUUCUUUAAACUCCCCCCUCCCUGGAAUUAUUUUCUCUCAUCCCCUUCCCUACCCCCUUGGCAGUACUGGGAUUUGAACGUAGGGCUUCACACAUGCUUAGCAAUCUACUACUGAGCUACAUCUCCAACCCCAUGGGUUUUUUUCUCGUUUCUUAAGAGCACCCUUCAGUAUUAUGAGUUUGUUAUGUCAUUCUUUUGCUUUUUUUUUUGGUGCUAGGGAUGGAACCCAGGUGCUUUACCACUGAGCUGCAUCCCCAGCCCUUGCUUUAUUUUGAAGGAUACAUUAAUGUGUAUAGAAUUUAGGUCAGCACUUACUUUUAUUAAUAUUGUGAAUAUAUUUCAUUACAGUUGGUUUCCCAUUGAACAGUAAGCUGCCCGUAUAAUUACCUUUGAAGUGAUCUGAUUUUUCUUUUUUUCUUCUGUCUCCUUUAAAAUCUCUGGCUUUUGCUUUCAACUAUUACACAGUAUGUCUAGGUGUGGUUUUCUGUGAGUUUAUUAUGGUUGGAGUUUGCAGUGAUUUUUCUUGAUACAUGGUUUAGUGGUGUUUAAAUGUGUUUGGGAAAAUUCCUAGCUGUUGUGUGUUCAAUUCCUGCAUCUGUUUCAUUGCUCUCCGUCUCUUCUAGGGAUAGUCCCAUUAUCUAGAUCCUCUAUUUACCUGUUUCUCUUUGUCAUUGUUUUUCUUGGGUUGUAUUACAUUUGUGGAGAUAAGAUGGUUUGAUGAUAUCUUCUUCCAGAGAAGAUUUACCUUUGCUUCCAGCAGGUGACCAGGCCAGGGAUACUAGCAAUGCCUGAUUGCCUUUAUCCAGUCGUGUACUGAGUUAUUUGAACCUGGGCUUUAGUCUUUGUGGAAACUUGUGUAUUUUUCCCCACGCCAUGUCUAGGGGACACCGUGAAGAUUUAAGACUGUGGGAAGUUUGUCAGGUCCCUCUUCCUUGGAAGGACCAGAAUUCUAGUGUUUAUCUCCUUGGUCCAUGAUUUUGUCAAAAAGGCCCUUCAUCCUCUCUUGCCCAGUAUUUGCUGUAAGAAUUAGCUCACACCUCUUAAUAAUAAACAAUCCCAAAUUCCAGAGAGUAUGGCUUAUCUCUAGUCUUAAUUACUGCAAUUCCUCACUGUGUCGAUCUCCUUUGCCAUCAAAAAAUUAAACGUG